AUACAACGACAGUAGGGGAAGGUGGCCCAAAAUGAUCCCUGCGGGCAUAAUGAUUCCUCCCUUUAUUUUUAAUACCAAUGCUGCCUCUUUGAUUCGUGCGGGUAUCUACGAUCAUUUGAGUCGCCAUACUUACUUCAGCACUGAAAGCGAACGUGGGAACAACGUCUUAAUAAAAAUAUUUGUGAAAACAAGUUCUUGUGCUCUUUGAUCUAAGAAGAAAAUGGUUAAAAAAUAUCAAAGAAAAACUCAGAGGCAGUUAUGGGACGAAGACAAAAUGCAACAAGCAAUAGAAGAGGUCUGCCGUGGCUUAGCUUACAAAACGGCGGCCAAGAAUUUCGGUGAUCCGUUAAUGAGUUUAAAGAGACGCUGUCAAGGAACGAACAAGCUGGCUGUUAAUAAGGUUAAGAAACUGGGAAUCAAAACAGGGGUUUUCACUAAGGAACAGGAAGAGGAGUUGGUAGCUCAUAUACUUACUAUGGAAGGCAGAAUGUCCGGUCUCACCACUAAAGAUGAGAGAUCGAUCGCAUAUCAGCUCGCAGAGAAAAAUAAUAUUGUCCAUCCGUUUUCCAAGGUAACAUGUCUAGCUGGCAAAGAUUGGUUGAUCGGUUUUCGCAAGAGGCACCUUCAGAUCUCACUAAGAUCACCGGAGUCGACGUCAGCCGCUCGUGCUCGUGCUUUUAACCGGCCUGCCGUAACCAAAUUUUUCAUGUUGUCAACAUCUGUGUAUGACAAAAUACAGUUUCAAGCACAUAGGAUCUAUAACGUCGAUGAAACCUCUUUGAGUACCGUCCCAGGUAAAAAUUGUAAAAUUCUAGCUCAAAGAGGUAGCAAACAAGUUGGCAGAGUCGUAUCUACAGAACGUGGUACGUCCAUUACUGCCGUGAUUUGUAUGUCUGCAUCUGGUUCAUAUGUGCCUCCUAUGAUUAUUUUUGCUCGUAAGCGAAUGAAAGAAGAGUUAAAAGAUGGCGCACCACCAGGGACAGCAUUCUAUUGCAACGAAUCUGGUUGGAUGAAACUUGAGGUAUUUUCGGUAUGGUUUGAUCAUUCUCUUGCCUUUGUUAAGCCUUCCCAAGAAGAUCCUGCACUUCUCGAUGGCCACCUUUCGCACACAAAAAACUUAAGUGUAAUUGAAAAGACACGAAAUAAUUUCGUGACCAUUUUAUGCUUACCGCCACACACCACUCAUAAACUUCAGCCACUAGACGUGAGUUUUAUGUACCCGCUUAAUCAUUAUCACAACAAAGCAUAGGAGAAGUGGCUUACCAAUCACCCUGGAAGAGCUGUAACCUUUUUCCAAAUUUCACAAAUCUUCAAUGAAUCGUACAUCCAGGCCAGCACACCACUUAACUUAACGCAAUUAACGGAUUUAAGAAGACUGGAAUUUUUCCGUACGAUCCCGAUGUCUUCACAGACAUUCAUUUUGUAGCUGCUGGAGUGACCGAGCAAAACGAACCUCAGAGUGAUGGUGUGCACGAGGAAAAUGGUGACGGCCACGAACAAAUCGAAGAAGUCAUAGAUGAAAAUAAUGGGGCCCAUGAAUAAAAUGAUGAGGUCAAUGAAAAAAGUAUUGAAAACAACGAGCAAAAUGACGCUUUACCAACAAUCCGCAAUCCUACUUAGCUUUGGUUGAUGAACCUUCGACAUCAAAAAGUGGUUUUAUCAUUCUUCCAAGUGAUGCUCAUCCACUCCCUGAAAUGGCACAAGAAAAACGUAGCUCAAAAUCAAGGAAGUCUGGAGGCACAGUAGUUUUGACAGGUAGUCCGUGUAAAAAUCAAUUGUUAGAAGAACAACAGAAGAAGGAAAAGCACACCGAAGAAAACGAUUUAAAGAACAAGAAUAAAUU